UGUCCGCUGCCCGAGGCGGCUUGUCUGCGCCUCUCUCCCCCCUCCGCUACCUCCACCAUGGCACAGCUGCUGCAAGAAGCCGGCUUCUCCCCGCUGGCUGUCAGCCACACGGCCAGAAUGCGGAGCACCGUCGAGGAAGGGGACCCGCACGCCUACGGCACGGCGAGCUUCGAGAUGGUCAGGUGGGAGUGGGUGCAUGUGCAAGGACCCUACCUGGUGGCCGUGUGGAUCCUGGUCGCCAGCUUGGCCAAAAUCCUGUUCCAUCUCUCGAGCAAGGUGACAACUGUGGUGCCAGAAAGCUGUCUGCUGAUUUUUCUGGGUUUGGGUCUCGGGGGCGUUGUCCUUGCAGCAGCCAAGAAACCAGAGUACCAACUGGACCCCGAUACAUUCUUUCUCUUUCUUCUACCGCCGAUUGUAUUAGACUCUGGAUACUUCAUGCCAAGCAGACUGUUCUUUGACAACUUUGGAGCAAUUCUGAUGUAUGCAGUGAUUGGCACUCUCUGGAAUUCAUUUACCACAGGAACAGCACUUUGGGGCAUAAAGUUAGCUGGCCUCAUGGAUCCAAAAGUAGAAGCUGGCUUGCUUGAGUUCUUGCUUUUUGGUAGUUUGAUAUCUGCAGUGGACCCUGUGGCAGUAAUAGCUGUCUUCGAGGAAGUCCAUGUUAAUGAAACACUGUUCAUCAUUGUUUUUGGAGAGUCGCUCCUUAAUGACGCCAUUACUGUUGUGCUCUAUAAAAUGUUCAAUUCUUUUGCGGCUAUUGGCAUAGAAAAUAUACAGGUGUUGGAUUACAUCAAGGGUUUAGGUUCAAUCUUUGUGGUGAGCUUGGGUGGAACUGCUGUGGGAAUUAUCUUUGCCUUUCUGCUGGCCCUCAUCAGCCGUUUUACUAAGCGGGUCCGCAUCAUUGAGCCGCUCUUUGUGUUCCUGAUUGUUUACCUGGCCCAUCUCACAGCUGAAAUGAUUUCGCUCUCCUCCAUCUUGGCAGUCACUUUCUGCGGUCUGUGUUGCAAAAAGUACGUGGAAGCUAACAUUUCGCAGAAGUCACGCACAACUGUCAAAUAUACAAUGAAGACAUUAGCCAGCAGCUCAGAAACAAUUAUCUUCAUGCUGUUGGGAAUCUCUGCUGUGGACACAUCGAAAUGGACCUGGGACACGGGCUUAGUUCUCUUCACACUUCUCUUCACAUUUGUCUUCAGGGCAAUAGGAGUAAUCCUGCAAAGCUGGGUAGUAAAUCAUUUCCGACUUGUCCCUUUGGACAGAAUUGACCAGGUUGUUAUGACAUAUGGAGGCUUACGAGGCGCAGUGGCAUACGCACUGGUCAUACUGCUCAAUGGCCAGGUUAUCAAGGCAAAGGACUACUUUGUUGCAACGACAAUCACUGUUAUAUUUUUCACAGUGAUAAUUCAGGGGUUGACGAUCAAACCUCUUAUUAAGUGGCUGAAGGUAAAGCGCCGUGAUCAUCACAAGCCAACAUUGAAUGAAGAGUUACACGAACGUGCUUUUGACCAUAUUCUGGCAGCUGUAGAAGACGUUGUAGGUCACCAUGGUUACCAUUAUUGGAGAGACAAGUGGGAACACUUUGACAAGAAGUACCUCAGACAGAUGCUGAUGCGGAAGUCAGCCUACAGGAACAAGGAUGACAUUUGGGACGUUUACCACAAGUUGAAUGUCCGUGACGCCUUCAACUAUGCUGACCAGGGAGGUCACAUGUCAAUUGGAAAAUUCUCACUCGCAUCUCUGCCAAGUCGAACAUCAUUCUCUGAAACAUCUGUAACAAAUCUCCUGAGGGAAAGCGGAAGUGCAGUGUGUCUAGACAUGCAAGUAAUUGACACAGUGAGGAGCGGCAAAGAUCGGGAAGACACAGUAAUGCACCAUGUUUUAAGUGGGAACCUGUACAAGCCUCGGAAAAGGUACCAAGGUAAUUACAGUCGGCACUUCAUGGCUCAAGGCGAACAAGAAAGGCAAGAAAGGGAGGUUUUCCAACGAAACAUGAGAAGUCGUCUCGAGUCAUUCAAAUCCACCAAACAUAAUGUCUACCCUUCAAAGAACAAAUGCAGACAUAAAAAGGAGCACAAAUGUCAGAAAAAGAGAGUUGUUGAAGGUGCAAAUGGCCAAGUACCUAAUGAUAAGUUACAGCGAAAUGUCAGCUGGCAUGAUACAAUUCCAGUUUUUGUGGAAGUUGACUCAGAAGAUGAAGAAAAGAAUAACUCUAAGAAGGUAAAAGAGCAAGAGGAUGAUGAGGGCAUCACCUUCAUGGCACUCAGGGUGGAUGAGAAUGUACAAGAAAGAAAGAUUUCAGGUAAUUCUGAAUAUGUUCAAAGCCCAAGCGUUUUCGCAUUAUCUCCUACUUCUGCCGAGAAAGAGUUUCCCUGGAAAGGUGAUGCAAGUGAUCUUUCAGCCUGUGUGUCAUCGGAAACGACCAAGAAUGUGCCAGUCGACUUGCAGUGUGCCUGGGAGCACAGCAUGUCAUCGGUUGAGAGCCUGGUCUCACCUACUAUGUCCGAUGUAGUGUUUCAGCCAAGGACCUUGAACUUCAUGUUGGAGGAACGCACAGCUUCAGCUGCCGUGCCACGGCACCGUGUUCAUUUCCAGUUCCCUGAUGUUUGUACUGCAGGCAGAAGGAGCGGCGCUGAGGACACCAUUGAGUGUAUUCAGCAGCAAGAGCUGCAGCCACUUAUGUCUGCUGAAGGUGCUAACAGACCAGUUCCAUCAGCUGGGUUUGUGAGUACCAGAUGGUCUGCAUCAUUCUACAGACCUUCCUAUGCCUCAGCACUGAAAUCUUUGGUUACCUCAACACAACAUACCAUGAAACAAUCUGAGAAGUCUGGUAAUAAACAGACAGAACUUUAAUCACAUUUCUCAUGCGAGAAAAACAAAUAUAAGUGGACAAUUGCAUUUUAGUUUCAUGAACCAUUGAAUAUGUGCUUUGGAAAUGCUGGAGAGCUCAAGCCAUUUUGGAUGGUUGGUAAUUAUGGUAAACUGUUAGCAAACAAAUAUAUAUAUAUAUAUAUUGUAUUUAUGUGAUCAGACUUUCUAAUAAUGUUUCUAUUAUGGAAAUGAAAAUGUUCGAUCUUCAGAUGUGAAUGUUGGGGAUGAUUUCCUUGAUGUGGUUACUCACAAGCAGAAUAGUUUAUGGUUCUGAGAGAUCCAUUUUUGUUGGUGAUAGGAGGGGGAGGAGGUGCGAGAUAAGUGCCUCACACUGAUGGAUUUGUAUAAUGGGACAGUCAAGGAAUGGGAUAAACAAGAAAGAGCUGCUGACUAACUGGAGGGAUGUCAGAGAUUAUGGCCUUGCCGAAGGUACAGGGAGACUGGUCUGAUAUUUUUGGAUGGAACCAUCUGUGUAUAAUCAAAAUAAAUCUGAGGAGAUUGUUCAAACAAAAUAUGUAAUUUUCUUUCCACUGGUUUAUUAUUCCCAUUUUGGCAAUGGGCAGUUUGGAAGUAAAUAAUUGAGUCUGCACCACGAGAAGAUAUUGCCACCUUUUAAUGUUUGAAAGUAAUAGAACUCCAUAGAUGAAAACCUACCCUUAUAAACUAUGCAUAUGGUAAUCCCAAAUCUCCACCUGUUUAAUCAAACAUUGUAUUCGAUGCGAAGGAAGAAAAUAGUUGACAGUAGGAAAGCAACAGUGAGGCGGUUAGGUGCCCAAAUGGCAAAUGAAAUCCUAUCCGAAGAAAAGUGAGGUAAUGCAUUUUGAGAGGACAGCUAAGGUGGAAUCCAUAGAAUGGUCAUCAUUCUGAAACAUUUAGCUUUUUAUUUUCUUUCUAUAGAUGUGCCAUGACAUACUGAAUAUUUCUAGCAUUUUUUUCUUUCAGUUUCCAGCAUCUCCAAUAUGUUGCUUUAGAAUACGCACAUUCCUUCAUUUAUAAAAGGGAAGGAUUCAUGGAAAAGGUUUUAUUAUUCAAGAUUUUGUCAAUUGGAAAGGUUGUUUUUAUGAGCAUUUUGAUACUUUCUCAUGGAUCGAGUGGUGUGCCAUUUGUUAUUACAAAAUAUAGGUUUGUAAAUUGAGGAUAUGUACCACAAAGAUCUAAUAGCAUUACAGGGAAAAUGAAUAAUUUGAACCAUUCUGUGCUAAGAAUUAUAGUCAGAAAACGUGGAAACAAGUCUUCGGCCCAACUUGCCCUCACCGACCAACAUGUCCCAGCUGCACUAGUCCCACAUGCCUGUGUUUGGCCCAUAUCCAU